AUGGUGGCCGAGAAGAAGAAAUCGAAGUUGGAAACGAUUCAGACCCUUCGCGCCUUAUCAAUCCUUGCCGUCCUUGCUUUCCAUUCGGGAUUUUGGGGAUCAAAGGGAAAUCUUGGAGUUAGAAUCUUCUUCGUGAUCUCUGGCUACUUGAUGGCUCUAAUCUUGUUGAAAACAGGUAUCACAAAAGAGUCAGUGAAAGAAUUUUACAUCAGGCGAAUCAAGAGGAUUGUUCCUAUGUAUUUACUCAUUUUGCUGGUGAAUCAAGUUGCGAGCCUUUUCUUUCUAUCAAAAGAGCAAUAUCGACGUACAACUCAAGACACGAUUUAUGGGAUAUUGUUAGUCAAGAAUAUUCACUAUGAUCCAGAAAUGCUUCUCCCGAUCAAUCAUUUGUGGACGGUGGCGGUUGAAAUGCAGUAUUACUUGAUUGUCCCCGGCCUCUUCUAUUUUCUGUUUCCGAUGAAAUUCUGGCAGAAAGCCAUAAGCAUGGUGCUGAUGGGAGUGGCUUCUUUUGUACUGUGUCAGUAUCUCCCAAACAUGGCUCAAACCGAUUUCACCCCAGCUCGCCUCUUCGAAUUUCUCCUCGGCUCUCUCACGUUUUUCGUCGAAAAACAGUGCAGAGAAACAUUUUUUACCAACAAAAUCCCCAAGUCUGUAACGAUCAAAAACAAUAAAGUCUCGGAAGAAAAUAAAGACGGGAAGAUAGUUGCACAGACACAAGUCUCAGAUGCCCAUGAAAGCAAAAGUACAUUGAAAGUUUUCCUCUCAUUGAUUUCUUUCAUCUUGUUUUUGAUUACUUGCAUCAUUUGCUUUGCGUUACCCGGGAAAAAGACAAAUGUUGAUAUACUGGUAUCACUUUUCUGUUCAGCGGGCACGAUAAUUUGUGCGAAUCUGGGCAAGGAUCUCUGGGUGAACAAUGUGAUCCUUUCGUAUAUCGGAGACAUUUCCUAUGUCCUAUAUCUUGUUCAUUAUCCACUUUAUGCGUACUUCCAUAUGAAAGGCUUCACGCACACAUAUUUCGAUGAUGUCAAAGAUUUUCUCUUUGCAUUGGCGCUCAGCUUUUUGCUUGCCAUACUUUUACAUCACACACUGGAGAACUAUUUCAUCAAAGCCGCAAAUAAAAUCACGUUUUUGUUUAUUGGAGCUCUCAUUCUACUCAUUAUCUCAUUCAUCAUCGCCGUACAACUCAUCGAUUCCCAAGCCUUACCGCUUACUUUCAAAUCUGGAGAAUACAUUUUU